AUGUCGGCAAUGCAGGCGGCCAACAGGCUCCGGACGGCCUUUAUCAAGGGCGCCGGCCCCAGCUUCGGACUGUGGCAGAUGAUCCCCGGCGCCAAUGUCUCGCGGGUGCUUGCUCGAAGUCCGGGUGUGGACUGGGUCUUGGUCGAUUGCGAACACGGAAACCUUGACGAUGGGGCCAUGCACGAUGCCGUCCCCGCCAUCGCUGCCGCUGGCGCAUCUCCUAUUGUGAGGUUGCCAGACAUGCAGGGUUGGAUGGUUAAGCGAGCUUUGGAUUGCGGUGCUCACGGGAUCCUCGUGCCGCUGCUCCGGACCGCCCAGGAGGCAAAGGACUUGGUGCAGUCGGCCAAGUUCCCGCCGUGGGGACGACGAGGUUUCGGGUCGCCGCUCGCUAUGGAGCGCUUCAGCCCAGCGCCCAGCAUGACCGAGUACCUGAAACAAGCCAACGACAGCCUGUUGACCAUUGUGCAGAUCGAGACUAAGGAAGCUCUGGAAUCCAUCGAUGAGAUCGCGGUGGUCGAGGGUAUCGACGCGCUCUUCAUCGGGCCCUUUGAUCUUGGAAACAACAUUGGCCACCCGGUGAUUAACGGCGUCAUCGAGAAGGAGCUGAGCGAUGCCAUUGACCGCAUCCUCAAGGCGACGCACAAAGCGGGUAAGAAGGCCGGCAUCUUCUGCACGAGCGGCGAACAGUCCAAGUUCUUCGCGGAUAAGGGCUUCGACAUGAUCAGCGUAGCGACGGAUUAUACGGCAUUGCAGUACACAUUGUCGGAGUCAUUGAGCGUAGCCAAGGGAGAAGCAAAGCCGGCAAAGGGUGGAUCGUACUGA